AUGAGCUUUCGCAUUCAAUUAGCUUUCAGCAAAAUAAUCAAUGUGAUCAUACAUUAAUAAUUUGUUAAUUAAAUUUGAAAAAAAACCUAAAAAGUAAAAAGUAAUAUAAUUUCAUAAUAAACAAGGAGUAAAUUUUUCUAUUAAAUUUGAAUUGUUCUCACAGUGAGAACUUCAGAGAAUUUAUCUAGAAAAUUCAGGAAAAUCUAAAGAGAUUCUAAAUCUAUAGAAGAAAAACGUAAGGCAAAGAAUCAAUAAUACAUAGAACUUCUUAAGAUUUUUUGAUCAUAUUCUAAUUAAUUAAUAGCAAUAUCAGAACUAAGUAAAAUAAGAUAACCCAUUAACUAAUUAAAAAGCUAGUUUUUGGUUAAUCCAAAUUAAAGGGAUGGUGA